AUGGAAUGCGCCAAACCGUCACGCAAAAUUAUCAAAACGAUGGAAAAUUUGGAAUCUUAUGAUGAAGAAGAUGGAAUACUGAAGCUGAUAACAGGUGUUGGUACAGGAUUGCUAGCCACCAUCAAUUCAGUACUUUUUCGAGUGAUGUCUGUCAUUCUUCUCUCAUCAAUAUAUUUAUCCUUCAAGCGACCCGUAGUACACAAUCGCUAUUUUGGUCUGAGAAAUUGGAUCUGCUAUAUAGUUGCCGCAGACAUUUUCACGGUUAUUUUUUCGAGUGUUCUGAUAGCUGGGAUCACUCACUUUGGUGGCUGGAUACCUGAAGUAAUGCUCAUACCACUGUUUCUGAUCACGUCAGCGAUUACGGUAGUCCUCACAGUGUUGGCAUUCAACAUGGUUAUUCGUUAUUACUGUAGAGGGUCAACUGCUGGAAAUGAUCGAUCUUCAGAGAUUGGUGUUCUCAUUUCAACGAUUAUUUAUGCAACACCACCGAACAUGUGGAAUUUCUUUGGCGUCGUUCUGUCGCUCACAACAGUAUGUGCGUACGUACUAAACAACGACACGGCUGAUGUAUUCUACCUAACCGCUGCAACUUGCCAGUACUAUCUGGUAAGAUUGAGACCACUUAUAUUGACGCUAUCAACACUUGGAUCUCUACCAGCAUAUCGAAAGGCAAUACGUGAUAUCUUCAAAAAACCUCAGCGAAAAGUGACGGUCGUAGCGUGUUUGGAAAGGCUGUAG